UCAGCCCAUGAAGAAAAAAAAGAUGAAGAACGGCUACUACAUGUAGAUGUAAUUAAAGAGACAGAUUCUCCAUUACCAUUACUGGAASAAGCUAAUAACAAGAAUCUACAAGAAAAUGUCCAACCCAAUGAGACAAAUAAUAUAGAAURUGAAAUCACUGAACAAGCUAUGCCAACAGAAGAUGAAAGUUCUACAGGAAACACGUCUGAUAUUUUYACMCCUCAGCCAGCUAUUGACUCCAUUGAGGAAUCAAACRAUACACAAGAUAGAGAGCAGGAUGAUUUCAUGCCAACAGACAACUUGACAAACCAAUGGAACAAAAGUAAAUGGAAAGAUUUAGUUACACCMUGUUUACCAGUAACAACAAGAAAAGUUCUCCAUGAGGCAAAUAAAGUCAAUUCAGAUCAUUCAAGGAGAAAGCAUUCAACCACUAUUAACAAAAAGAAAGCUAUAAACAGAGCAGCAGUGAGAAAAAGGACGUCAUCUGCCAAUGUGGGUCUGCCAUCAAGCCUUGUGAAGAGCAUAUUUGAGCAUUUUUCAAAGAGUAGAGUGAACAAAGAAACUCUUCAGAUUAUCCAGAAAGGAUCCAAUUUGUUUUUCAAGCAGUUGUCAGGUGAUUUGAUGGCCUUCUGUCAACACGCUGGGCGGGCUACCAUAGAGACACGUGACGUAGAACUUCUUAUGAAAAGGCAAGGGUUUGUUACUUCCAAGCAAUCGCUAAAUUCUCUAAUCGAGAAAUACUUGCCCAUGGAAUACAGASAAGAACUUAUUCCAGUGGCUCAGUGUGGAAAUAAGAUUUUACUAAAGAAAARUACUUAGAUAGACAGACAGACUCGUUUGUGCUUUGCUAUUUUUCAAAUUCAUGAAAUAUGGUAUGUAUGUUUUUAAAUGAAAAUCUAAAACGAAAUGCAUUACUGAUUUAAUUUUUUGAACUUUGUUUUCAACCAAAAUCUUGUCUUGCGCUUGCUUCAUCACUGCGUUGGUUGAUUUUUACGUCGAAUKAGGCUUGCUCUUCCGUUUCCGCUUGUUCUUGCGUCACUAGUGAACUUGAUAGUUUACAAUAAUUUAUCUAUUUUUAUGAUUUUAUAAUUUGUUCCUAUAGUAACUUCUUAGUGACUGCUAUGUGAAUCAUUUUGAAAAAGUCUUGAGUAUUAAAAUACCUUUUCUUCUUUUAUCAAUGGGUGAUAAUGCUUUUGAAUUAGCRUUUCAAGGUUUUGAAUACACGGAAGUGUCCAUACA